AUGCACCGGGCGUACCAGCCGCUGAAGCCCUCCACCAACAAGCUGCUGCAGCAGAGGUGGGACCAGACCAGGUAUAAGGAGCAUGUCAGGAAGGUCAAAGCUGCCCAGCCCAUGGUGGACACCAAGGGGAUCCAAACACCAGCACACGUUCAGCUCAACCUCAAAAAGCUUCAGUCUGAGGAGGAGAAGCUGGCCAUCAUCGACAGAGACAACCAUCUCCUUGCCUCCAAGCUGGCAGACAUCAUGAGGUCCAAGGGCCGGGUGGACCACAGGAACAACUAUCCAGAGAUAAGUCUACACACUAAGAAGCGGAGGGAUGAGCUGCAGGAGGUGAGCCGGCAGAACCAGGCCAUCCUGCAGCGGAUCACGUCCCGCGAGUCCGAGUACCGCCGCCAGGUCUGGGAGGAGAACUGGGAGAGGGUGGAGCGCAGGCGCGACGACAUCGCCCGAUACCCCCGCGGAAUAACAUCUGCACAACAGAGCAAGACAGUUGAAUACGCUUGCAAUGAAACUUGCAAAUAA